AUGGGUCGUGUUAGAACUAAAACCGUUAAGAGAGCUUCCAAAGUCUUGAUUGAAAGAUUCUACCCAAAGUUAACUUUAGAUUUCGAAACCAACAAGAGAUUAACUUCUGAAAUCGCUGUUAUCCAAUCCAAGAGAUUAAGAAACAAGAUUGCUGGUUACACCACCCACUUGAUGAAGAGAAUUCAAAAGGGUCCAGUUAGAGGUAUUUCCUUCAAGUUACAAGAAGAAGAAAGAGAAAGAAAGGAUCAAUACGUUCCAGAAGUUUCCGCUUUAGACUUAUCCCACACCAACGGUCAAUUAGAAGUUGACUCUGAAACCGCUGACUUAGUCAAGACCUUAGGUUUCAAGAUCCCAUUACAAACCGUCUCUAUCUCUGAUCAAAGAGGUCCAAGACGUUUUGCUAAGAGAAACUAA